ACUAAACGAACAAAAUAACUAAAAAUGGUUAUACAGCGCAGUUGGAAGAUUCUAAGCGAUGCGGCGAGCACAGCGAGCAACAACAUCAGCAGCGAUGCACAGCAACGUUCACCUGCAGCAUUGCAGAACAAUUCCUCAUCGGACGACUCCGAUUGCUCCAAUCAGACAACACACUCCAUGGACACGCGUGUCGCCAGUCCCAUGAAACACACCGAAACUGAGCCAACGACAACAGAGACGACUGUACUCAAUGGAACGGAUGCCACACUGAAGUAUGUAACCACCCCAGAUAUGGCAGAGACCAUGCUGCAGCGCAUACGACAACGCUACAAUGGCGUGCACAACUUGGAAAGCGGCGGCAGCGCCGAGUCGGCAAUGCGAGCUCUGGAGUUGUUGCGCAUCAGCGUGCAACAGGCUUUCGAUACGGAAGUCAAUGACAUAAUCAAGCGUUAUAUGAACAACUACUUCAAGCCCGCAUUUGGAAACAUUAAAGAGAAUCUCGGACAGCAUGCGGUCAAUGAGGAAACGUUGCAAAAGAUGUCCUCGUGUGCUCUGUUGGAGAAUGCCAAAGCGCAGUAUACGAAUUUUGUGUUACGCCAGCCGCGUCCUAUUGGCGCAACAGCAACUGUUGCUGGCGAGCAGCAGCGUUUGGCGCUCAAGCGACCCGCAAAGGCUCAUGAAUAUAACAAUAGCAAAAUGUUUGUCAACAAUGUGGGCUAUGCCGUAGCUGCAGGCAAGCCCAUGCCAGUGCCUGCUCAGCAGCAGCAGCAACAACAGCAACAGCAACAGCAACCACAAUUGCAGCUGCAACAGCAGCAACAGCAGCAGCUACAGCUGCAAUUGCAACAGCAACAACAGCAACAUUUGCAGCAGCAGCAGUCGCAAUCAUUACAAUUACAACGCACGCCUCUUAUUAGUGGACCUUUGCCCACGCCAGUGCGUCGUCAAAUCUUCUGGAACACCGCACAAAUCAAUACGAACACCAAAUUUGUGCUGGACGUGCAGGCAAAUCUCGCCUUUGGCUUUAGCAUUGAUGGCAAGGAGCUGGGCGGCGCCCGUUUGGCCAGCAAACAUCCAGAGAUUAUACGCUAUCUGCCCGACGCUGAGGAUCGGGAAUGGUUAGCUGCUCGGGGCAUUAUAGCCGCCGAGAAUCGCAGUUCACGCUUCUUGUUUCUUAUUUACGACGAGGUCUGCCGGCUGCAGCAAACUCAUGAGCUCUAUCGGCACAAGACCAACAUCGAUCUCAGCAUGAUGCUCACGUUCAAUGUGACGGAGACAAUGAUACAGAAAAUGAAACUUUUCUUUGUGGAUUUGAAUAUCAAGAGUCGCGGCUUGAUUACCAAUUCAUUUAUAGUGGCCAGCAAUCAGCAGCAACAGCAGCAGCAGCAACAACAAUUGCAGCAACAACAGCAACAAGCGUUGACUGGCAACAAUAGUCACUUGCGCAACGCGCUGCUACAAGGCGCGCCCGUUCAGCCGCAGCUGACAACGCCCAGUGGGGAGGACACUAAGGAUCUGGGCUCCACACCAGCUGCCACGCCCUGUUUGCAGGGCACCGUCGUGGGCAGCAGCACCACCAAAGGCAAACUAAUUGCCAGCAGCUCAGCGCUUAGCUCCUCGCAUGCCACGCUCACAGCGCUGCUCAAUCAAAGCGGAGCUGCCAACAAUUCAACGCCCAACAGCAACAAAUUUCGCAACUAAUCUGCUUCGAUUUGCAGCAAUGAAAAUAAUCAAUAACUUAAGUUAUAUAUUUCUAGUUGUAGCUACUAUUUUCGUCACGCUAUCAUAUCGCAUUAAUUGGAACC